AUGAUGAUUCAUGAGACAAGAUCUCGGGCUCACUCAUCUGGUGAUGAAGAGAAAAUUAUGACUAAGAAACAGAAGGCAGAAGGCAAGGAGCAUGAAUCCGAGCAUUCGCCGAAGAAGGCGAAAAAUGGGAAUGGAAAUUCAAGUGGAAAAUCAAGAGACAAAAUUGCUGCAGAGUUUGAGAGAUUAUGUGUUGAGUAA